GGGGCGUUCGCCCGGGGGGAGCUGUGCCGGCGGGUGCGGUUCGACAUGCGGGGCCGCGACGUGAUCGUCUUCCUCCACAUCCAGAAGACGGGCGGCACCACCUUCGGGCGGCACCUGGUGCGCAACAUCCACCUGGAGCAGCCCUGCUACUGCCGGGCCGGGCAGAAGAAGUGCGCCUGCCAUCGCCCGGGCGGCGACAAGGACACCUGGCUCUUCUCCCGCUUCUCCACGGGCUGGAGCUGCGGGCUGCACGCCGACUGGACCGAGCUCACCAGCUGCGUGCCCGCCGCCAUGGAGCGCCGCGGCUGCGCCGGCAACCGCACCCUCAGGAAUUUCUAUUACAUCACCAUGCUGAGGGACCCAGUGUCACGGUACUUGAGUGAAUGGAAGCACGUCCAGAGGGGCGCGACGUGGAAAACCUCCCUGCACAUGUGCGACGGAAGGAGCCCGACGCCGGACGAGCUGCCUACCUGCUACGAGGGAGACGACUGGGCUGGAGUCAGCUUACAGGAAUUCAUGGAUUGCAGCUACAACCUGGCCAGCAACCGCCAGGUGCGCAUGCUGGCAGACCUCAGCCUGGUGGGCUGCUACAACCUGACUUUCAUGAACGAGAGCGAGAGAAACAUGAUCCUGCUCCAGAGCGCCAAGAGCAAUCUGAAAAACAUGGCCUUCUUCGGCCUGACGGAAUUUCAGAGGAAAACACAGUAUCUCUUUGAGAGGACAUUCAACCUGAAAUUCAUCUCCCCCUUCACCCAGUUCAACGUUACCCGGGCCUCCAACGUGGACAUCGGCGAGGAUGUGCGGCAAAGGAUAGAGGAGCUGAACUUCUUGGACGUGCAGCUGUAUGAAUACGCUAAGGACCUGUUCCUGCAGCGCUUCCAGUACUCCAAGCAGGAGGAGCACCAGAAGAACCGGCUAAAGAGGCGAGAGGAGCGGCGGCUGCUGCGGGAGCAGAGAGCUCAUCAGUGGCCGAGGGAAGAGGCAGCAGAAGUAGCUGUUACUGAAGAUUAUAAUAGUCAGGUUGCAAGGUGGUGAUGCUCCUCCACUUUGCCUAGCCAAUGAGAGGAUCAGAUUGUUUGUGCAACGUGGCUACCUGGGAAUUAGCCAAGGGAGACUACUGCUUUGGUAAAUGAGACCUCGUCUGACAACUCCCCCUCCUUGUCUCGGUUUUUCUUGGUUUCUGCCAGUGAGAAUGUAUUUUUUUCUCAAUAGGUAUUGAUUAAUGUUAUUAAAUGGCAGUAGAACAAGAUUCCUGUCAGAAAGGACUUCCUUCAAAGGCCUAAGCUAUGAGGAUGCGUUGAAGAGAGAGAGAGUGAUUCUUUGCAUUAACAGAUGUACCCUGUACAAUCUGAGCUACUGAAACUUGUGCAGACGUGAAUGAUAAACUGGGGAAAAAUACCUGGCUUGGUUCCUUUGUGACGCGAGAGCUGGUUUAUUUCGUAUUGUUCAUUGCAACCGUAGUGCAUAACUUUCUAGAGAAUGCAAUGGAGAAGGUGUACACAUUCAAAUUCCUUCAAACUUCUCCAUGCUGUGUUUUGUUGAAGGGAGGAAUUUGAUGAGGUGGUUAAAAAAGACAUAGGAGGUGUUGGAUAGGGGCACUUCUUGCUCUGUUCCAAAGGCCAGCAGACAGAGAUCCAUUAUAGGUGAGGUGGUGGAGGGGUUGGCUUAUUUCCCUGCAGGUGCUGAGAGUACCAAGCCCAGCCAGGUAGGAACCAUCUUUCUGAGUGUGUGUGGCAAAGGCACGCUUUGAGAAAUGAGGUCCACAUGGCAGCUGAGCACACAUCACAGAGAUUAUCUGGCUGGGGGCAAUGAAAUCUGCCUUCACAUUCACAAAAGGGGUCAAGCAAACUCCAGGGAAGAGGAAAGAGAGAGAAGGAAAAGCUUAAAUAUUAGUGUGACAUUUUCCAGAUUUGCUGUAAAAGCCUGGACAUACAUUGUCUGUGAAGGUGGGCAGGUUUAUUAUAUUGUCUGUUAAAAUACAUUGAUGCCGAGUGCAUACAGUUUAA